AUGUCUAAACGUGGAGAGGUGUCUGAGCUGGUCAGUUCCCUGGGGUGGCUAGAGGAGGACAUGAGCUCCCAGGAUGGAGAGGGAGGUCUAGAGAUGGGGGGCCGCUAUAGCCUGGGCCCUGAGGGCCUCGGAAGCAUUGGGCAGGGCAGCGAAGACAUUGAGGAUCAGGAGGAAGAAGACAUUUAUAAUGAUGGUGAUGAGGAGGCUGGAAUGGACGCAGAGAACGAGGCUCCAAAACGGAGGGGCCCCAAGAAGAAGAAGAUGACCAGAGCCAGACAGGAGAGGUUCAAGGCGAGACGCAGCAAAGCCAAUGCCCGCGAACGCUCCCGCAUGCACGGGCUAAACGAUGCACUAGAAGUGUUACGUAAGGUCAUGCCCUGCUACUCCAAGACCCAGAAACUGUCCAAGAUCGAGACCCUGCGGCUGGCCCACAACUACAUCUGGGCCCUGUCUGAGGUGCUGGAGAGUGGUCAGUCCCCAGAGAGCCACGGCUUCAUAGAGAUGCUGUGUAAAGGCCUGUCCCAGCCCACUAGCAACCUGGUGGCUGGGUGUCUCCAGCUGGGGCCUUCAGCCCCCUUGAUGAUCAACAAGCUGGAUGAGAAGCCCUGUGGCGCUCUGGGAGUCGGGGGUGGUGUAGGGGGCCAGCCUUGUGGUCAUCAACCACUGAGUGGUCACUACCCCUCUACGGGCCUGCCUAGCCCUCCCUACGGUUCACUGGAGGCCUCCCACCUACUCCACAUGAAAAGCUUCAAGGGAGUGCCCUACGAGCAGCACCCCUCCCCUAAAGAUUGUAGUAGCAACGGCACCCCCCCUUACGACGGGCCCCUCACUCCUCCCCUCAGCAUCAGCAGCAACUUCAUCCUGAAGCAAGAGCCCUCCCCCCACGAGGCUGAGAGGAACUACCCCUCCCACUACCUCUCGUCCCUUCCCCAUUACCCCCCCUCCUCCCUGGGCGGGCUGCCAGGGCCUCAAGGCUACCUCUUCCAGGCCUCACGCUACGAACUGCCCCUAGACAUCCAGGCUUUCGACUCCUUCCCUCCACCACACAUGAUCGCCUCACAGAUGGGCACCAUCUACAGUGAGUGA